AUGAGAAAGCGAGCUUUGGGCGAGAGAGAUGAUGAUCAAGUAACGGGAGAUGGAAACAGGAGGACGAACCCACAACAAUGUCUGGAAAGAUCUGAAAGAUUACAAGGACUGCAAUCUAUAGGAAUGAGCGCGAUGCAAGGAAAAGAAAGGAGAAUACAAGUAUGUGAUGGUAAUGGUAAUAGGAACUCGGAUGCGCCACCGGGACUGCUUCAAUUUGAUGCGUCAUUGCUAGGCUAUAAGAUAAUGCUGGAGAGGCUUGAUCAAUCGUUUGAUGCUAUGAACCAUGCUAUCGAAUCUCCACUGCAAAUCCAACAUGAGAUAUCAGACGAGCCUGCACAAUUUGCGACAUCAGAUGGAAAGAGAUAA